AUGUCCUCCUCAAUUGCGUCGCCCGAGCCGGCGCUCUCAAAAUCGGAAAAGAAGCACAAGAAGGAGAAGAAGGACAAGUCAUCCAAGUCAGAAAAGAAGCGAGAGCGAGACGAGGACGCACUUCCCGACAGGAGCCGCAAGCACAAAAAGUCCAAGAGCGAAUCUGUGGACGAGAACAGAGAGGAGGACGCCGAGGCUUCACAACCGCCAGCCAGCAUCGACAAUGACGGCUCCGAAGUAGCGCACAAGAAGAAGAAGAAGGAGCAUAAGAAGAAGCACAAGGAAGAAGAGCCCGAAGUCGAGGCUGCCAGCCCGGAGAAGAAGAAGAAGAAAAAGUCCAAGAAGCACGCCGACGAAGAUGCCGAAACCUACGAGGAGCCUGCAGCUGCCGACGCGGAGGUCCUGGAAACCGAGAAGCCCAUCCAGAAGUCAACGACGCAGACAGCGCCCGAAGUCUAUCAACCCUCCGACAUCCCUGCCCGACCUCAGUUCCCAUUCUACAGCCAGACCGUCUCCCUCUACGAGCCCAUAUACCCCAUUGGUUGGUCGCAGCCCGUAACAAACGCCGAGUACCAACAUCUGCAGCAUCUCAAGAACAAAUACGUCCCGGCCCUGCGGGGUGUGCUCUUGAACUACAAGAACGUAGCGCUGGGUGAGAACCCUGGGCGCAAGGGCGCGGCAACGUCCGAUGACGACCAGACAGUCGUCAAGUCAAUCAACGAGUAUGCCGUUGGCUUUGGCUGGAUCACCGCUGAAGUCGAGCUGUUUGUGCCCAGCCGCGGUGCAUGGAUGGAGGGCACCAUUAACCUCCAGACUGAGGGCCACAUUGGCGUCGUCUGCUUCGGCCAGUUCAACGCUUCCAUCGAGGCUCGACGUCUGCCGUCUUCUUGGAAAUGGGUCUCUAACGAGGACCCCGAGGCGCACGGCAUGGAGGAGACGGCAUCCGUCAUCACCUCUGACGAUCAUGGCGUGGUGCGACAGAUUCACAGCACGGGCUUCUGGGUUGACGCAGACGGGAACAAGGUUAAGGGCAAGAUUCGCUUUCGUAUCCGCAACUUUGAUGUCGGUGUCAGCGGCGAGACGAGCUAUCUCAGUCUGGAGGGCACCAUGCUGGACAAGGAGGCGGAAAAGGCGCUCGUCCGCGAAGAGGCCGCCACGGCAGCUCUUAGAAAGGGCGGCCGGGGGGGACGCGGCAUCCAGCGAAGGAGAGCGCCGGAAUUUGCCAUGACACGGUUCAUGGAUGAGGAGGAGGAGCAACAACCCGCGGAGACGCCAGUUGUUGAGGCUUAG